GGCCGCACCAUGCACUGCCACCUGGACGCGCCGGCCAACGCCGUCAGCGUCUGCCGCGACGCGGCCCAGGUGGCGGUGGCGGGCCGCAGCAUCUUCAAGAUCUACGCCAUCGAGGAGGAGCAGUUCGUGGAGAAGCUGAACCUCCGCGUGGGCCGCAAGCCCUCGCUGAACCUGAGCUGCGCGGACGUGGUCUGGCACCAGAUGGACGAGAACUUGCUGGCCACGGCGGCCACCAACGGCGUGGUGGUCACCUGGAACCUGGGCCGGCCGUCUCGAAACAAGCAGGACCAGCUGUUCACGGAGCACAAGCGCACGGUGAACAAGGUCUGCUUCCACCCCACCGAGGCCCACGUGCUGCUCAGCGGCUCCCAGGACGGCUUUAUGAAAUGCUUCGACCUCCGCCGGAAGGAUUCCGUCAGCACGUUCUCCGGCCAGUCUGAGAGCGUGCGGGAUGUGCAGUUCAGUAUCCGCGAUUACUUUACCUUUGCCUCCACCUUUGAGAAUGGCAAUGUGCAGCUCUGGGACAUCCGCCGUCCUGACCGCUGUGAGAGGAUGUUCACGGCCCACAAUGGGCCGGUCUUCUGCUGCGACUGGCACCCUGAGGACAGGGGCUGGCUGGCCACAGGUGGGCGUGACAAGAUGGUGAAAGUCUGGGACAUGACCACUCACCGUGCCAAGGAGAUGCACUGUGUGCAGACCAUCGCCUCGGUGGCCCGUGUCAAGUGGCGGCCGGAAUGCCGGCACCACCUUGCUACGUGCUCCAUGAUGGUGGACCACAACAUCUAUGUGUGGGACGUGCGCCGGCCCUUCGUGCCUGCUGCUAUGUUUGAGGAGCAUCGAGACGUCACCACGGGCAUUGUCUGGCGCCACCCGCAUGACCCUUCCUUUCUGCUCUCCGGCUCCAAGGACAGCACACUGUGCCAACACCUGUUCCGUGAUGCCAGCCAGCCUGUUGAGCGCGCUAACCCCGAGGGCCUCUGCUAUGGCCUCUUUGGGGACCUGGCCUUUGCUGCCAAGGAGAGCCUGGUGGCUGCCGAAUCGGGACGCAAGCCCUGUGCUGGUGACCGGCGCCACACCAUCUUCUUCAAGCGCAAGCUGGACUCCGCUGAGCCCUUUUCAGGCCUUGCCUCCAGCGCCCUCAGCGUCUUCGAGACGGAGCCUGGUGGUGGCAGCAUGAGCUGGUUUGUGGACACGGCCGAGCGUUAUGCUCUUGCCGGCCGGCCGCUGGCUGAGCUCUGUGACCACAAUGCAAAGGUGGCUCGGGAGCUUGGCCGCAACCAGGUGGCGCAGACAUGGACCAUGCUGCGGAUCAUCUACUGUAGUCCUGGUCUGGUGCCCUCUGCCAACCUCAACCACAGUGUGGGCAAAGGCAGUUCCUGUGGCUUGCCCCUCAUGAACAGUUUCAACCUGAAGGAUAUGGCCUCAGGGCUGGGCAGUGAGACACGGCUGGACCGAAGCAAAGGGGACACACGCAGUGACACGGUUCUGCUGGACUCCUCGGCCACCCUCAUCACCAAUGAAGAUAAUGAGGAGACUGAGGGGAGCGACGUACCUGCCGACUACCUACUGGGCGAUGUGGAGGGAGAGGAGGAAGAGCUGUAUCCCCUGGACCCAGAACACGUGCACCCUGAAGAGCCAGAGUACGUGCUACCACAGGAGGCCUUCCCACUGCGUCACGAGAUUGUGGACACACCGUCGGGGCCUGAGCACCUGCAGGAAAAGGCUGACUCCCCACACGUGAGUGGCAGUGAGGCAGAUGUGGCCUCCCUGGCUCCCGCAGACUCCUCCUUCUCCCUCCUCUCCAUCUCACACACGCUCUACGACAGCCGUCUGCCAGCAGACUUCUUCAGCGUGCUGGUGUGCGACAUGCUGCGCUUCUAUGCGGAGCAGGGUGACGUGCAGAUGGCUGUGUCUGUCCUCAUCGUGCUGGGCGAGAGGGUGCGGAAGGACAUCGAUGAGCAGACUCAGGAACACUGGUACACCUCCUACAUCGACCUGCUGCAGCGCUUCUGUCUCUGGAACGUGUCCAACCAGGUGGUGAAGCUGAGCACCAGCCGGGCAGUCAGCUGCCUCAACCAGGCCUCCACCACCCUGCACGUCAACUGCAGCCACUGCAAGCGGCCCAUGAGCAGCCGGGGCUGGGUCUGCGACAGGUGCCACCGCGCCGCCAGCACGUGCGCCGUCUGCCACCACGUGGUGAAGGGUCUGUUCGUGUGGUGCCAGGGCUGCAGUCACGGGGGACACCUGCAGCACGUCAUGAAGUGGCUGGAGGGCAGCUCCCACUGCCCCGCGGGCUGCGGCCACCUCUGCGAGUACGCCUGACCU